CGCGCAUGCGCGGUCGCCUUUGUGUGGGUCGAGCGGCGGCGGCGGCGGCGGUGGCGGCAGUGGCGGUCCCACUGGCAGGCGGGCAAGAGGGGAGUCCCGGCGGCGUCCGGCGUGGGAGCCGGGGGACCACCAUGGUAAAGAAGCGGAAAGGCCGUGUCGUAAUCGACUCGGAUACGGAAGACAGCGGCAGCGACGAGAACCUGGAUCAGGAGCUCUUGUCCCUGGCGAAGCGGAAGCGCAGUGACUCUGAGGAGAAGGAGCCUCCUGUGAGUCAGCCUGCAGCCUCGUCAGACUCAGAGACGUCGGACAGUGACGAUGAGUGGACAUUUGGGAGCAAUAAAAAUAAGAAGAAAGGAAAAGCCAGAAAAAUAGAGAAGAAAGGAACCAUGAAGAAGCAAGCCAACAAAACUGCCUCCUCAGGCAGUUCAGACAAAGACAGUUCAGCUGAGAGCUCAGCUCCUGAGGAAGGUGAAGUGUCAGAUUCUGACAGCAACAGCUCCUCUUCGAGUUCAGAUUCAGACUCCUCCUCAGAAGAUGAAGAGUUCCACGAUGGCUAUGGAGAGGAUCUUAUGGGGGAUGAGGAAGACAGGGCCCGGCUAGAGCAGAUGACGGAGAAGGAGAGGGAGCAGGAACUCUUCAACCGCAUAGAGAAGAGGGAGGUGUUGAAAAGAAGGUUUGAAAUUAAGAAAAAACUAAAAACAGCUAAAAAGAAAGAAAAGAAAGAAAAAAAGAAAAAGCAGGAAGAAGAACAAGAGAAGAAAAAGCUGACUCAGAUUCAAGAAUCUCAGGUAACUUCCCACAAUAAAGAGCGGCGUUCCAAACGGGAUGAGAAACUAGAUAAGAAAUCUCAAGCCAUGGAGGAGCUAAAAGCAGAGAGAGAAAAACGGAAGAACAGAACAGCUGAGCUCCUUGCCAAAAAACAGCCAUUGAAAACCAGUGAGGUCUACUCUGAUGAUGAGGAGGAGGAAGACGACGACAAGUCCAGUGAGAAAUCAGACCGCUCAUCCCGAACAUCGUCAUCUGACGAAGAAGAAGAGAAAGAAGAAAUCCCUCCAAAAUCACAGCCAGUCUCCUUACCUGAGGAAUUGAAUCGAGUUCGGUUAUCAAGGCAUAAGUUAGAACGCUGGUGUCACAUGCCCUUCUUUGCUAAAACUGUCACAGGCUGUUUUGUGCGGAUUGGCAUUGGAAACCACAAUAGCAAGCCAGUAUACCGGGUGGCUGAGAUCACAGGUGUUGUGGAGACUGCCAAAGUUUACCAGCUGGGUGGUACCAGAACAAACAAAGGGCUGCAGCUACGGCAUGGCAAUGACCAGCGAGUGUUCCGCCUGGAGUUUGUGUCAAACCAAGAAUUCACAGAAAGUGAAUUCAUGAAGUGGAAGGAAGCAAUGUUUUCUGCUGGCAUGCAGUUGCCCACUCUAGAUGAAAUCAAUAAAAAGGAACUAUCUAUUAAAGACGCUCUCAAUUAUAAAUUUAAUGAUCAGGACAUUGAGGAGAUCGUAAAAGAGAAAGAAAGGUUCAGAAAAGCUCCACCAAACUAUGCCAUGAAGAAGACUCAGCUGCUAAAGGAAAAGGCCAUGGCUGAGGACCUGGGAGAUCAGGACAAAGCCAAACAAAUCCAAGACCAGCUAAAUGAGCUGGAGGAGCGGGCAGAAGCCCUGGACCGCCAGCGAACCAAGAACAUAUCUGCGAUCAGCUACAUCAACCAGCGGAAUCGGGAGUGGAACAUUGUGGAGUCUGAGAAGGCUCUGGUGGCUGAAAGUCACAACAUGAAAAACCAGCAGAUGGAUCCCUUUACUAGGAGGCAGUGCAAACCCACCAUCGUGUCCAAUUCCAGAGACCCAGCUGUUCAGGCUGCCAUUUUGGCCCAGCUAAAUGCGAAAUACGGUUCUGGAGUAUUACCAGAUGCUCCAAAGGAAAUGAGCAAGGGUCAGGGAAAGGAUAAAGAUUUGAAUUCUAAGUCAGCCAGUGACCUCUCAGAAGACUUGUUCAAAGUCCAUGAUUUUGAUGUGAAGAUUGACUUACAGGUUCCAAGCUCAGGUGUGUGUGUGUGUAUGUUGGGACUUAGAAGGGACACCAGAUAGAUUUGUGGGUCUCUC